ACAGAAAGGUCUCAGGUAAUUACUGAUGAGAGAGUAGUGGCGGAUAAUUUCUCUAUUUUUCAGGGGUGGCAAGUAAAAAUCUCCAUAUCAGAUCAUUUAACUGCGCGGCGUCGCGGCGGCGGCAUCUUUGUUCCUCUCUUCGCCGAGCAAACGGAGAAGACGAACGACGAGCUUCGUGCGAUGACGGACUACGCGCAGGAGCAGGAGAUGGAGAUCGAGGCGCUGCAAGCUAUUCUCAUGGAUGAGUUCUCUGAGAUCGAUUCCAGUGAGAGUGGGUUGGCGACGACGAACCGGUGCUUCCGAAUCGUUCUAUCUCCGCAGGAUGAUGAUAUUGAUGAGGCAAAUUAUACUCCAGUUCAACUAGCUCUUAUUUUCUCUCACACGGAGAGCUAUCCCGAUGAACCCCCACUUUUGAAUGUGAAAAGUAUACGAGGAAUAAAACCUGAAGAUCUAAAGAUACUCAAGGAAAAGCUGGAGGAAGAGGCCUCAGAAAAUCUUGGCAUGGCGAUGGUCUACACACUCGUGACAUCAGGCAAAGAGUGGCUAGCAGAAAAAUAUGGGCAUGCUGCUGAAGAAGAAGAGCUUGAGGAGACUGAUACUCUAAAAGAUGAGAUAAUUGUUCCACACGGGGAACCAGUUACUGUGGAAACAUUUCUUGCUUGGAGAGAACGAUUUGAGGCAGAACUAGCACUAGAGAGAGCCAAGUUGAUGCCUGAGUCAGCUCUUUCUGCUCCCAAGGAGAAGAAAUUGACAGGGAGGCAAUGGUUUGAGAGUGGAAGAGCUCAAGGGAAAGGUUCGGCGGUGGUUACUGAGAGGUCUGAAGACGAGGAAGAAGAAGACUUUGACUUUGAUGAUGAUUUUGAAGAUGAUGAGGAUGAUAUGCUAGAGCAUUAUUUGGCAGAGAGGUCCAAUGAUCCAUCAGAGGGAUCCAAGAAAUGAACAAAAGCAGAUUGUUGUUUCUGAAGAGGCAAUUGCAUGGAUCACACUGCUAUGUAUACUUACAUUGUUACAGCAACCAAAAAACACCCCAAAAUUUUGCCACCUGUGGUUGUAAAUCCUGCUGACUUAAGUUCCUGAACAGCUGGUUGUUUUUUAAGUUGUACAAGGUGGAAGGAGAAUUAAAGUAUUAUUUUUCGUACUUGAAAUUCACAUGGUGAA